CCGAGGACUCCUGGAUCAAAGUAAGGAAGACGGCGUAGGACAGGCCGGGGAUAGUUACAGGUGCCAGGCCCUAGGGGAGCAGCGGCAGUACGAGGACGGGGCUAGAAGUCGGACACGUCGUUCAGUGAUAAUGUGGACACAGGUCAUAUCAUGGAACGGAAAGGAAGCAUAGUUUCCAGAGCGAACAGCAUCGGCUCUACCAGCGCCUCCUCUGUGCCUAACACAGCCCGCUGCAUGAUCGACAAUACUUGUUCCCCAACCUCAGAUGACGAGGACAGCGAUUACCGGCAGGAAAGCAUCAAGAAUGCCUAUAAAGACAGACGCAGGCGGGCCCACACACAAGCUGAGCAGAAGCGGAGGGAUGCCAUUAAGAAAGGGUAUGAUGAUUUACAGACCAUUGUGCCUACAUGUCAGCAGCAGGAUUGCUCCAUAGGCUCACAGAAGCUCAGCAAAGCGGUUGUACUGCAGAAGACUAUAGAUUACAUCCAAUUCCUACACAAGGAGAAGAAGAAGCAGGAGGAGGAAGUUUCCACUCUGCGAAAAGAGGUCAUGGCCUUGAAAAUUAUGAAAUCAAAUUACGAGCAGAUUGUUAAAGCUCAUCAGAAUAAUCCCCAAGAAGGGACUGACCAGGUCCCGGACCAGGUGAAGUUCAGCGUGUUUCAGGGCAUCAUGGACUCAUUGUUUCAGACUUUCAAUGCCUCCAUCUCUGUGAACAGUUUUCAGGAGUUGUCAGCUUGUGUCUUCAGCUGGAUUGAAGAACACUGUAAACCCCAGACCCUUCGUGACAUUGUACGCAGUGUCUUACACCAGCUGAAGAAUCCACUCUACUGAGACAUCUCCCAUCUGAUUCUCUUGCACCAAACAAGGAGGUUGCCCUAAAUGGGCUUCACAUUUAAAAUGUUGCAGAGAUUACUGCUGGGCAAGCUAAGCAUUAUGGGCAUUUAAAACCCUUCAAUGCCAAAAAUGGACUGUGGUCAGUGAGAACUUUGGCUACGCAAUGGUAUAAUAUUUCUUUCUCCUCAAAUAUCCUUGCAUUGACAAUGGGCUUUUAAUCACAAUUCAGGAGUACCUGACAGAGUAAACAUUUAACGUUACAUAAUUGAUGAUUUGGGGGUUCAGUUUUGAACAAGUACAUCCUAUGAGGAUUUGUUUGCCGUAGGGUCCUGUUACACAGUGCUGACUGAGUCAGCAGUCAUUUGUAGGGUCUUUCAUACUGCCCAAUGCAAACUGAAUAGAGGAUGAACAAUCAUUAUUACAGUAGUUCAUCCCACAUUAAAGAGGAAUAUUGCAUAUUGUCAGCAGAAAUUCUCUUACAUGGGGCACUGUGUACUGCUGACAAGUGAGAAUUUUUGGUGCCACAUGAAAGAUGUGAUCACCUGACAAACGACUGUUUGUUGGGUGACUGGUAGGACAUGUACGUAGGCCAGUUAUUGGUAAUGAUAAUUGGCCUAUGUAAAAGGGCCCUUAAGGCACAUUUACACUGCGCCAAAGGGCAGACAAUUGUUUCGGAAGGAAGUGCUUCUUCUCAAAACUGCCUAUUUGUCAGUGGAAGUGAAGAGCUACAUUUACAUACAGCAACCACCUCCACAGUAUGAGGACCAACUGUUUCUGGGUAGCAGUUCACUGUUCACACAGCACGAUCUGCUGCCCAGAAACGAUGAAUUGCGGCGUCCACCUUUCAGAUCCUUUCAUGGAUGGAGCGUUUUGCUCAUUCAUCAGGUGAUCUGUGGCACCUUUACAGGGACAGAUCAGGAACUAACAUUCUUUUCCUGAAAAUCUGUCCAACAACUGGGCAGACUAAAUAAAGCAUGUCUUUUGUGGUGGCAGUGUGGAAAGGGAGCCGUUCAUACGUCUUGUAUUUGGCCCAUUGUCUUCCAGAUGCAAUCAUGCCUUUCAAGAGUCCUGAUCUGAAGUGUUGCAGUAAGAACAGGUGGAUUAAUUGCUAUCAGUAUCUCGUAAGGCUACUUACACAUCUGUGGCAUGUUUUCCGGCAGGCUGUUCUGUCAGAUGCAACCAGAAGGCCUGCCAGCCCCAUGAAGUAUAAUGGGGUCCGGCGGAGAUGUCGAGAAUCGGCUGCGGUUUUUGUCUGGCAUUCUGUCGCAGAACUGGCAGCCGGAUAACAGUGCUGCAGAUAUAAAAGUAGCCUAAAGCUGGCCAUUCACGUUAGAUGUAUAUCAGAUGAACUUACCAGCGAUCUAAGGCUAGCUUCACAUGGCCGUUUAAAUUCUAGUAUUACUUUCCGGCAUACGCAGGAAACUACAGAUCCCAUUCACUAUAAUGGCCGGGUUUCUAAUGG